UAUAAACAUAACCAAGAAAUAAAAGAAACGUUCGAAAUGUUCGGAUGUUGUGAAUAAUGUGCAAUUGUGACUUUUUCUUUAAGAUAAUUCCCACAUUUUCUGUUUGAAAUAUCUGAAACCCUGGAAAUCGUCUUUGAUAGAGAAACUUUUAAAUUGAAAUUUUUAGCAAUGGGUGCCAAAAAAAAUGGAAACAAAUCUCUAAAGAGACCAAUAACGGAUGAAGGAGUUGAUGAUUCACCAAAGAAAAAAAAAUUCAGUUAUCCCUCCAUUGAAGAAUUAACCCUACUAAAUGAAGAAACAAGAUCACUUAAAUCAUUUUUCAGUCUUCAAACUCAGGAACUCCUUAAAAAUAAAGAAAUAAAAAACAAAUUAAAAAAGCAGCUAUCAUUAUGGUUAGAAGAAUUUCAAAAAUUUUCAAAUGGAGAUGAAAUUUUCAGUCAAUCUGAGAAUUCUAAGCUUUUCAAAAAAAUAGCAAAAAAACUUUCUAAGAAACUUAGUUGUGAUCAAGACUUAUCAAUCAAUUUUGUAAUGCCUGAAAGUAUGGGUACUUUUGGAUUGUAUAAGAUGGAUUCACUUCCAGGUCCAAAUAUUGAAACAAGUCUCUAUGUGGUGAUUCCUAGAAAAUGUUUGAAUGCAAAAGAUUACUUGAACAACAGAUACUUUGUUAAAAAAUAUUUUUAUCUCAUGUAUAUCGCAGAAUAUCUUCAAAAUCAAAAAAUGUGCUCCAGCAUAAAAUGUACAUAUUAUAAUGAAAAUCCUCUACUGCCUUACUUGGUUUUGAAUCCGAAGAAUAGUGAAAAAACUACAGUGAGAGUAUUCUUAGUUCCUGAACAGAAUUACUUCAAGGAGACCAGAUAUUCCCCAGAGGUUAACAAUGUCAAAGCUCAAGUUUUCAAACAAGAUUUUGGAAAUAUAGACAAUAUAGGAGAGCUGCCUACGACCUUUUAUAAUACUGCAUUGGCCUUUGAUAAUUCAUUAAUUCAAAAUCAUGUAUUCAUAGAGGAGCUUUUCACCAGCGCAAAUCUUCGAGAAGGCAUGAAAUUAAUAAUAAUUUGGAUGAAUCAAAGGAAACUCCUUGGAUCAGGACCUUUCGUGACUGAUUUGUCAGUCUAUUUUUUAACUUACUUGAUUUCUAGAGGAAAUAUAACCAACAUAAUGACGUCUGAACAAGUUUUUAGAAACUUUCUGUAUUUCAUACAUACUACAGACUUGACAACAACACCUCUCAGUUUGUGUGAGAAAUUGUCUGAGGAGGAAUUGCAGAAAUAUAAAAGUGCAUUCGACAUUGUAGUUAUGGAUAAAACUGGAUAUUAUAAUGUGGCCGCAUUUCUCACAACUAAUACAUAUUUGAAGAUGAGAUAUGAAUGCAAGUUGGCAUUGGACCUAUUAGAUCAGUCAAAUUGUUUUUCUGAAUUGUUUUUAACAAAAGUUCCUGCAUUUCUCCAACAUGAUGUUAUUAUAGAUGUAAAAAGUGAGAAUGAUUAUGGAUUCUUAUUGAAAGAUGUCACUCCUGAAGAAAAAGCUAAAUAUGUGGGCAAUUAUAUGCCACUGAUAAUAAAAAUCUUGCUAAAAUAUUUGAACAAGGGUUUCAAUCAGAGAGUUAAAAACAUUGUACCUAUUAUACCUAGUACAACUGAAUGGAACUAUGGAGAAACUUGCAUUCAAAACAGUGGUCGAAUAAUCUUUGGUAUUGAUCUACAUCUAGAUUUGGCAUAUGAAAUCUUGGAAUUUGGUCCUGCUUUAAAUGAUCCUGAAGAGAAGAACUUCAAAGAGUUUUGGGGGGAUCUUGCUUCAAAUAGAAGAUUUCGUGAUGGAACAGCCAAAGUAGUUGUGUACUUUGAGACAAAUACGGUAAAAGGUAGAAGGGAGAUCAUAAAAACUAUUGCUGAUUAUGUCAUGGAGAAAAAACUGAAUUUGAAAUACAAUUUGGUUUACAAUGAAUUUGAGGAAGUUUUAUUAAACCGGAAUGUUGAAACGUGGUAUCCGUCUGGUACAAAUGAGGAAACUACCUUGAAAAUUGUCAAGUCUUCAGAUGAUUUAGGCCAAAAGAUUAGGUCUCUCGAUAUGGAGCUGGGUGUAAGUGGCAUUGGAGGAAUUUCAGAUGUUUUUUGCAACACCAAUGUGUUUCCACCGAUUCCUUGUUCAUAUACAUGUCAUAAAAAAAUCACUAUGUUGAUAGGAAAUAACAUAGUUCUAAAAAACAGAAAGCUUAUGGCUUGCCCCAGAUAUGUUGAACCAAUUGAAUGUGUGAUUCAACUAUCACACAGUUCGAAAUGGCCAGGAGACUUGAACGAAUUAAGACAAAAAAAAAUUGAGUUUUUGAAGCUUAUUUCUUCACUACUGAAGAAGCAGUACAAUAUAGUUUCUUCAGUUCAACCUCCAUAUCUGGAAAUUGUUUAUGAAGGUUUUGUAUUCAGGUACAACCUAUAUGUAUCCAAAGAAAUAGCGUUACUUAAAAGACAAGAUGAUUCUAAUAGUUCAAUAAUGACCCAAAACAUCGAUGUUGGUGUUGAGAUGGAGAAGAAUCUUAUUCUGGUUCCCAAAAUUGUUGGAGCUCUAAAAGGAUUGAACGCACAAUAUCCGAGUUAUGGAGUGAGUACCUGUUUAGCGAAAAGAUGGAUAAGGGCACAAUUAAUAGACGAAUUUCUCUUGCCAGAUAUGGUUAUAGAUUUGUUGAACGCGCAUCAGUUUGUACAUAAAUCUCUGUAUGAUCCAGCUGUAUCACCUCAAAUUGCCUUUCUGCGUUUUUUGAAAUUUUUAGCAGACAUGCAAUGGGACUGGCAACCUAUAGUAAUAAAUUUCAAUAAUGUAUUAUCAGAUGACCGAAUAUCUAAUAUAGAGAAUGAAAUGGAUACAAAUAGGGAAAAGUUUCCACCUCUGGUCAUUGUAACACCAUAUGAUGAUUGUAAUUCGAUAUUCACAAAGAUGGCACCAUGUAAAGAAGUACUAUUCAGGCUGAAAGAACUUGCUACUGAAUUUCUAAGUUGUUUUGAAAAAAUGAUAUGGGAGGAUAACCUUGAGAACUGGAUGGCACUAUUUCUGCCGAACACAGAUGGAUUUGAUUGCAUCUUACAUCUAAAGCUUCUCCUCAAUCCCAGAAGGCACGAACAAAUAUCGAUCAUAAACCCUUCAAAAAUGAUUUUCAAAAAACCUGAAGGCAAAGAAGAGUAUUUACCAGUCAUUAAAUUCAACCCAGUUGAGAUGUAUUUAGAAAAAUUGAGGAACAUAUAUGGAGAUCUUUGUGUAUUCUUCCAUGAUACUUAUGGUGGAGAUUAUAUUGCUGUGCUGUGGAAACCAGAGGCACCCAAAGAAGACAUCAGGAAAGGGAUUGAAAUCUUAGGAAGGGAUAUUAUAGAAUUCAAACCUAAAUAAAAUAAUAAAACAUGA